AUGUAGUAUGUAUAUAUCUCCACAUCCAUGCACAAAAACUCAUGCUCUGAACAUGGAAACCACGGAAGCAUCUUUGGAGCCGCAGGAGCAGUCAUUAAUGGGUUCUUCUGCUUCAGAAUCCAUAGCAGCUUCCUCAAAACCUGUUAGCGACAAUACUCUUAUUAAAAGCGAAGAGAUUGCCAAGGAAAGGCAGAUUAAAGGGUGGGAGAAAAAGAAGGCUUCUGCAGUAACAAAAUCACUAAAACAGUAUCGACAUGAAGGAGAUGAUGAUACUAUGGACCCUACUCAAUACUUGCAAAACAGGCUAAGAAUCCUGCAAACAGCAAAGGCAUCUGGCUUCAAUCCAUACCCUCAUAAAUUCACAGUUUCAACAUCUAUAACUGAAUUCAUUGAAAAAUAUGGAAGCUUGGAUGCUGGAGAACAUGUUGAAACUGUUGAAAUCUCUUUAGCUGGGAGGAUCAUGAGCAAACGAGCAUCGUCUUCAAAAUUAUACUUCUAUGAUCUGUAUGGUGACGGUACUAAAAUUCAAGUAAUGGUUGAUGCAAGGCAUUCGAACAUGGAAGACAGUGAAUUCUCAAGUUACCAGUCCGGGGUGAAGCGAGGAGACAUUGUUGGUAUCUGCGGUUUCCCAGGGAAGAGUCGAAAGGGAGAACUAAGCAUUUUUGCAAAGUCAUUGAUCGUGCUUGCACCAUGCCUUCACAUGCUACCGAGGCACAUCGCGGUUCAUGGCACUGAUGAGGCACAUUCCAAGAAGAAUGUAAAGGAAGAUAAUAGUUCAUGGAACCCUGGAAAGGCCAGAAAUCCUGAAACUUACACUUUAAAAGACCAGGAAACUCGAUAUCGUCAACGUUAUUUAGACCUUAUGUUGAAUCCAGAAGUACAACAAGUAUUUAGAACCCGAGCCAGGAUCAUAUCUUAUUACAGAAACUUCCUCGACAGUCUUGGAUUUACAGAGGUAGAAACUCCAGUAUUGCAUAUGACGCCAGGAGGAGCUGCUGCCAGGCCAUUCAUUACUCACCACAAUGAAUUUGACAUGAAUUUGUAUAUGCGUGUUUCACCUGAGCUUAAUCUUAAGAAAUUGAUUGUUGGUGGACUUGAUCGUGUUUACGAAAUUGGGAAACAGUUUAGGAAUGAGGGAAUGGAUCUAACUCACAUACCAGAAUUUACAAUGUGUGAGUUUUAUAUGGCAUAUGCAGAUUACAAUGACUUGAUGGAACUUGCUGAACAAUUAUUAUCAGGAAUGGUGAAAGAGUUGACUGGAAGCUACAAAAUAAAAUACCAUGCUAAUGGCUUGUGCAAUGAACCUAUAGAAAUUGACUUUACUCCACCUUUCAGAAGAAUUGAUUUGAUAGAGGAGCUGGAGAGAAUAGCAAACCUCAGUAUACCCAAGGAUUUAGCCAGUGAUGCUGCUAACCAGUAUCUAUUAAAUGCUUGUAACAGUUUUGAUGUGAAAUGUCCCCCUCCGCAUACUACGACUCGAUUAUUGGACAAGCUUGUAGGACAUUUUCUUGAAGAAACGUGCAUAAAUCCUACAUUCAUAAUCAACCAACCAGAGGUCAUGAGCCCAUUGGCAAAAUGGCAUAGAUCAAAACCAGGCUUGACCGAACGCUUUGAAUUGUUUGUCAACAAGCGAGAGCUAUGCAAUGCAUAUACUGAAUUGAAUGACCCCGAAGUGCAGCGCAGACGAUUUGCUGACCAGUUUAAGGAUCGGCAAUCUGGUGAUGAUGAGGCAAUGGUUUUGGAUGAAUCAUUUUGCACUGCUUUGGAGUACGGUCUGCCCCCAACAGCUGGACUAGGAAUGGGGAUCGAUCGGCUUACUAUGCUUCUAACAGAUUCACCAAAUGUCAAGGAAGUUCUUCUCUUCCCUGCCAUGAAACCUCAAGAAGAAAACUCACUGAGAGUUUAAACUUAGGAAAAUUGAUGCUGAACCUGUGAAGAUGUCAGUCAAUCACACCAAGCAUUGGAAUUGAACUCUUGGGAACAGAGUCAUUUCUAUAGUUGUUUGCUCUCUGGUGCCUCUAGGAUCCAAAGUUUGACGCACAAAUAGAGCUUGUUGUAAACCAGAUCAUUGUUUCAGUUCUUCUUGCCUGUCAUACUAUCUUUAGAAAUUGCAUCUGAAUUUUCCUUUUCAAGUUUUAGCUCUUUUUUGGUCAUUUAAUCACUAUUUGAUUAAAAAAUACUGUUUUAAAAAAAAGAUUAAAAUUUUAAUGGUAUUAAAUA